AUGUGGUUGUUUGGACCCCCCCACCAACCGAACGCCGAACCCCCCGGCGAACUGUGGAAACCCUCCUGCCCUCCUUUGGUACUUGCCCCCGAUUUGUUCCUCGCGCAGGGUGCGCUGCAACGGGGGGAGCUGCGCACUGCCCGACCCGAGCCCCCAAGCCCCUUCGAUCUCUCCUUCCCUCGCCGCGCCUACCACGGCUCGCGCUCUUUACCCUGCCUGUUGCGCGCACCUGCACUGGCGACCGGUCCCAGCCAGCCAGCCAGCCAGCCAGGAGGCCAGCUUGUUCGCCGCUGGAUUGGACCAUCCAAGAACCCUCAUCGAUAUCGCUACGUCGCCACUACUUGUCUGAUCACCCCUCCUACCCAACCGACUCCCUCGACAACAAUCGCGCAGCAUGUCGUCGCAGCCAUCCCCGUGCUAGCCAUGACCUCCCGGACCCCGAUGGGCGUCCAGCCGCGACCGCCCCAGCAGCGAACCCUGAGCAGCUCGGGCUUGACGGUCCAACGGCCUCCUCACCAGCGCACCCUCUCUGCCCAGUAUCUGCCGCCGUCGCCCGUCCGAAAGGAGCCCAGCAAUCUCAUCGACCUGACCGGCGACUCGAACGAUGUCGCCGUUGCGCAGAACCGAUAUGGCACCGUGCCGAGGAGGGGAGGCUCCCGCCUCAAGCUCGAGCUCUCCAACGAUUCCACUCUCUUCCAGCCCGCCACCGAAAGCCCCCAGAACCUCACGCCCUCACGCCUCGUCCCCAAGAACGACGCAUCGAGCCUCGCCGACACGAACUCGCCCGCCUCUACCAGAGCCGGCCCGCUCGACAACGACAACCCGCCCAUGCCUAUGCCCAAACGCCGCCCGAGGUUUGCGCUGCCGACGCCACCCAAAGACACGAAGCCUGCCGUCAUAGCCACGAAGAAGGAUGGUCGUCCGAAACCAUACAGCGCCGAGAUACCACCCGACGCCCCACGAUAUGCCCCGCUGAACCGCCCCAAGGCGGAUGCGACCAAAGUCGGGUACGGUGCUUCGGCCACCGCAAAGGAGUCCCAUGACAUGGGCAAUGCGGACUUCUUCUCGUGGACUGGCAACCACCCAGAGGACCGUCUGUCCGAUGCUGUCAUCAAGAAUGGCUACUUCGACAAGGCACCCGUCACCCAAGCCGAGACGACCUCGGCGAAGCCUGCCAUCUUUCCAGCUCUGAAGCACAAGAACGGUCUCAACCUCCUGUCGAGCAUCUUUGUCGGUGUCCUCAACCAGAGGAAACACAACGGACAGGUCGUCGCGCCCUCGGCGUUUAAGCCUCCACCUCGCGUCACCCUUACCGAUACCAAGCGGGAGGUCUGGAUGCGCGAUCUGGCGAACCCGGCCAUCUCGCUUCGUCGACUGAGCCGAACAAUUCCUCACGGAAUCCGCGGCAAGGGUCUUCUCGAUCACUGUCUCAACAAGAAUGUACCCACUGAGCGUGCAGUGUGGCUGGUCCGUUGUGUCGGCGCCAAUGAUUUGAGGACCGUCAAGAGAAAGGGCGUAAACGGUACAGUCGUCAUGGGCGGCGAGGCCAAGUGGUUAAAGGACUGGACCCUCUAUGUCGAGCAAUUUGUUGAGAGCGUCGCAUCUGCUUUUGGAGAGGUUGACUGGAAGGCCAGGGUGCAGUAUGCCAUACGUCUGGCUACACACCUGUACGCCGAACACCUAGUCGACCGCGAUCAUUACAUGGACUGGCUGGUCGGCGGCCUCGAAAACAGCACCCAGUCGAAGCUACCCAUGUGGAUCUUGAUCAGUCAGAUAUAUUGGAAGGACCUGCUUCGCCUUCGCAGACACGGCCGCCGCUUAGCGAAUGCUCUACUCAGCCACCUCACCACGAUCCAGAGCGACCCCGAUCGCGACAUUCUAGCGCAGCUCUCCACCAAGCUCACCUCACUCCUACUGCCCUUACUCUCUUCUUACCCAGACAACUUCUUAUCACCCACGACGUGGCUUCGCUGUCGAGAAACCCUGCUUGCGUCUAUUCCCAUAGAUAACGAUGCCGUUCUGAGCGCCUACAAAGCCCUCAACUCACGAAACGAGGUACUCAUUGCCUCAAGUGGCAAGUCUCAACCGGCGAACCGCCAGAUCCUGAUUAAACAGCUCGACACGACAUUCCAGACAUUAUAUACAAACGAAUUGGCAUCAAGUUGCUGGAAUGUCAGCGAGGACAAGCGUAUGAUUGUGAGAACCGUCCUUGAAUGGUCGACCUCUUUUUAUCGUCCUGGACAAGCCAGAAUCUAUGUUGCUGCCAGCUUGCUCCGCGCCUGGGCCUCUACCGGUGUCGAUAUCACCACGGCGAUCCUUGAGUCCAUCGGCGCUGCACCUCCCCAGGGGACAACCCCCAAGCGGUUGUUCUACCAGCUUAUUUCUGAACUUGUCAGAACUGGCCAGUUCAACGUUCGAGAGUACGUCGUCUGGCUCAUGGGUCGCGGGGGGAUGACGUCUUCCCUCGAUACCGAACCCGAUGCUCCCUGCUCUACGAGACUGCUCAUCGACUUGCCGCUGAGCGCGCUUAGCUCGUCAUUCAUCGCAACCCGCGCAAAUUUGCUGCGACGUGCGGCAUUCGAUGUGGCAGAAGAAGCCAGGGAUAUCGAUGCCGCGUGGAAUUUUAUCCGUCACGCUCUCGGUCUUUCGUCCGACGCGGAGAUAUCACCAGCACAAAGGAGACCGAUGCCGCUGGCCAAGAUAUGCCGUGCCGUCAGCAACAGCAGCCGGGCGUUGCAGACUGAGGUCGGCGCACGACUUUUACAGAUCUUUCAGACGGACGACUACGAAUCCAGCUCCGACGUUCAUCUUUCUCCGACGGCGUUCAACCACGCUCGGUCCAUACUGGAGGCAGCCAAGGAUUUCACGACCAUGGCCGAGAUGAUCAAGUUGACCAGUAGGUUCCCUGAUGCGGACAUACUGGCCUCGUGCGCCGACACAGUCAACGUUCAUCUGCCUACCUUCGCAGCAAUGAAUGUGGCGCGGAAUCUCUGCGAUCUGCUACUCGAGAGAAUGAAGAUUGUCAACGACGAGCAAGGAGUUCGAGUCAGACCGCUGCUAGUGGCAUUGGGAGCCCUGACCGCCAGGCUCCCCGGCCUGGCCAACACGUCAGCACACCUUCGAAAGGAGCUCCAACAGAUCGAUCAAAGCACGGCGAUCGACGCUUGCUCACCAGUCUCGGACAACAUGGCUGCGCGCCUCCAGGAUGCGGAGGGCGAGCUGAACGACGAGAUUGAAAGGCUACUUACUGGCGGCACGAGCCUCGACCGUCCCACCAUGGACCGACUUUUCCACACCGUCGUCACGCGUAUCGAGGGUAGUUGGGUGAAGGACUCGGAGAAGCAGCAUGCCUACAGUGCUCUCCUGGCCAGGCUUCGUAUCUUUGACACUCAGCACUUUGAUGUCCGCAUGACAGAUUGGGUCCACCAUGUCAGCAUCAUGAAGACACGACCAACCCUUUUCGACAUUUAUCCCUUCCUCAUCAGCCUUGGCUGCUUGGGGCUGUCUACCAUCAUGACAACAACGACAAUCGAUCCCAGCAAAGUAGUCGGAGGUCAAGUUGGUUGCACGUCAACAUACAUGCAAGAGGUCCUCCAGCUCGUCGUCAGUCCCUUACCGCCUAAAAACGCCCUUUCACAGGAAGAAGCAUAUCGCUUCUAUGUACAGCAGCGGGUGGCACCACAGCAAUAUCACAGGGAGCUGGCUGUGCUUAUCAGGAAUUCUCUCAUUGAGUUUUCCAAGCUGCAAAAUUCCGAAGUGUCAACAAGUGCCCCUUUGGCUCGGCAAGAUCUUCGGGACGAUGUUUUGGAUCUGCUACGACUUCUUGUGCUGAACGAUUCUCCGACCACCGUGCAAAUUCUGGGCACCAAGCUUGCAGACUCGCCGCUGAGCGACGUGCUUGCUAGUAUCACCACAAGGCUGCUGGCGCCGACUCGGGAUCCGAAUGAUCCUAUGACGUUCGAAACGGUGCUGGAGCUCGCCAACGACUUUACGCUCCCGUUCUGCCAGUUGAAACUGUCGAUAGGCCUGGCAGCGAGCAAAGCGGGUGGCAGCAGUGGAGACGAACAGCCUGCGUCUCACGUUGAUAUGUUGUCCAAAGCCCUGGACCAGGCCGUGGAGACGAAAAAUAUGAUGUGGACGAGUGUGCUGCCUUAUCUGAGCGAGGAAAUCACAGAUCAUCUCAAGCGGCAGGCUCAGACGAGGCUCUUCAGCCUAGUACCAUCGCUCAAGACUAUGUCGACUGCUGGGGAUUCAUCCGAGGACAUGAUUCGACUAUCCGAAAGUCUUCUAUCGGUCGUUGAGGCUAUCAUUCGUGGGCGGCCAGCACUGAAGGCUACUCAACUCAACAUGUCCAUGGUAGAUAAGUUGACGGAGCUUUGGGAGUUGCUGGCGGCCACGGAAUUAAUUGGGACGGACUUGAGGAUGGCGAUUAUCGAGCACUGGCUGCCCCUCUUGUUGAAGUUCAUCACACUUCACACGACGGCGAACGAGCCGGUGUUGUCGCCCACGCAGCCAGCCAGCAUGAAACCGCCUACAACGGCGGCCGCCAAUGAUGUUCGCGCACGCAUGCUCGUCGUGCUGUCCGGCAUCAUGCUUGAGCUUGAUAACAUCAGCUGUGAGGAAGCAAGGUCUGGUCGACAACUACGACAGACGACUUUCGACCUCGCCCUAUUCCUCGUUGAUCAUUUACCCGAAGAGUCACGCCUGCAGUGCGUGCGCGCCAUCCUUAUCGGAGGCUCACUUCAAGCUCCGGUUACGUCCGACGCUGGGAUACGAUAUCUUUUCAGCUACGCCGCGCCUUGGAUGGAGCAAUUCAUGCUCGCCCAUCGACAGACGCCGACGCCACCGUCAAAUGGACCGCCCAGACCGAAGAUCCCCAUUAGCGUGCAGGGUUCUGCGAGGCUGACACCGUACAUAUUCCGACGAUGGGAAUUACUGAGUGAGCCGUCGCCGAUUGUGGGCGAAAACGACACGGCUUUGAGCUUGUCUCUGUUCGAAGCCAUCAAAAUACAAUGA